CUGGGUGUCCCUGCAGACGCGCCCUGGUGCGGCCACUGCAAACAGCUGGCCCCCAUCUGGGACAAGCUGGGCGAGAAGUACAAGGACAGCGCCGACACCAUCGUGGCCAAGAUGGACUCCACCGCCAACGAGAUCGAGUCGGUGAAGGUCCACAGCUUCCCCACCCUCAAGUUCUUCCCCGCCAGCGACGACCGCAAGGUGAUCGACUACAACGGGGAGAGAACGCUGGAGGGCUUCACCAAGUUCCUGGAAAGCGGCGGCAAAGAGGGCGGAGCCCCGGCAGGAGAUGAUGAGGAGGAGGAUGACGAAGAGCUGGAUGACCUGCAGGAGGUGGACGAGGACUCGGACGGUGAGGACGGCGAUGGCCACGACGAGUUGUAG